CAAGUUCUUGGUGUUCUUGAUGAACCCACUUGGGGUAGAGAAAGAGUUGAGGAGAUAAGAGAUGGAAGAAGAAAAUUCAGGGUCUCCUGAAGAUCAAGCAUAUGAUAGAGGAAGCAAGAUGACAACAGAAAUCGUAGAGAUAGAAGAUAACAGUAAUAGUACUACAAGCAGCAGAGAUGGAGGAGAGACUAAAGAUAUAUAUGUUGCUGUUGGCAAAGAAGACUUGGAAGUUUUGAAAUGGGCACUUGAUCAUUCUGCAGGACCUGGAAGUCGUGUGUUCCUUGUUCAUGUUUUCCCUCCCAUUCAUUAUAUCACCACACCUGUUGGGAGGCUAUCAACAAGCAAACUCAGUCGAGAACAACUAAGGCCUUAUAUCCAGGAAGAGAAUGCCCGGAGACGAAAUUUCUUGCAGAAAUAUAUUAACCUGUGCAGCCAAGUAAAGGUAGCUGUAGAUACAAUACUUAUUGAGAGCGAUUUCGCCGCCAAGGCAAUCCUGGAACUUAUUCCUGUUCUCAAUAUUACCUCUCUUGUUAUGGGAACAAAACGGCCACCCUCCUCAAGACGGUUGAGGAGGGGACUGGGGAAAGGAGAAUUUGUUCACAAGAAUGCUCCAAACUUCUGCGAGGUUGUCAUCGUUUGGGAUGGCAGAAAGAUUGUAGAUAGGCAACAGAUAAUCGGAGUAAAACCUUCUUCCUCACCAGCAUCAAGUAGUCGGAGACCAGAAAUAGCAAAAAAUACAGAACGGAACUUCUUUGAAUGCGUGUGUUUUUCAAGGAAAUCCAAUUGAGUUCUAUGUUACCUGGAUUUACUUCAGUGUGUGCUUCCAGGGAAAUUCAAUUGGGUUUCAAAGUUUCUUGUUACCUUCAUUUACUG